UAACCUUGCUGACACUGCCGCCGCCGAUGGACGCGGCCACAACACGCGCCCGUUCGCCGGACUGGCUCCAUCGGCUCGGUCAGCUUCCACGCAUAAAGCGCGAUGCGUCAGCAUGCACGUCACACUGACUGCACCCUGCUUCCACUCCUGUUCCCGUUCGCGUGCACGUCGCUCUCUCCUCCUGCUGCCAAACGAGGACACCGAUAAGUAGCAGCCCCCCGAGUCCCCGACGCACGCAACUCAUCUCAGCACGCGCGCGCGCACAGAGCGAACUGACUCAAGUCCACGAGAGAGAAGGGAGAGCUGGUUAGCAUGGAGGGGGCGGCGGUGAGGCACCGGACGGUGGAGGCGAACGGCAUCUCGAUGCACGUGGCGGAGGCCGGCGGCGAAGGCGCGGAGGGGAACAGCAGGCCGGCGGUGCUGUUCCUGCACGGCUUCCCGGAGCUCUGGUACUCGUGGCGCCACCAGCUGGAGCACCUCGCCGCGCGCGGCUACCGCUGCGUCGCGCCCGACCUCCGCGGCUACGGCGACACCACCGCGCCGCCGGAGGUGUCGUCCUACUCCGCCUUCCACGUCGUCGGCGACGUCGUCGGCCUCCUCGACGCGCUCUGCCUCGACAAGGAGCCUGGGGUCGCAGAGAAGGAGUUCUCCCCGGCCAACGCCCGGUACAUCGUGAGGCAGAUCCUGUGCAGCCGUUUCACCUCCGAGGCGGACGGCGGCAAGAAGCCAGAGGUCGACGACGACUCGCCGCUCCCCCCGUGGCUCACGGAGGCGGACGUGGACCACUUCGCGUCGGCGUUCGAGAGGACGGGGUUCACGGGCGGCAUCAACUACUACCGCAACAUGGACCGGAACUGGGAUCUGGCGGCGCCGUGGGCGGACGCCAAGGUGCGGGUGCCCACCAAGUUCAUCGUCGGCGACGGCGACCUCACGUACCAGUACCCGGGCAUCAAGGACUACAUCCACAAGGGCGGCUUCAAGGCCGACGUGCCGCUGCUCGAGGAUGUCGUCGUCAUCCCUGGCGCGGGGCACUUCAUCCAGCAGGAGAAGGCCGAUGAGGUCAGCAAACACAUCUACGACUUCAUCUCCAAGUUCUGACCGAUCAGCUUGGUUGCGUGCUCAAUUCGACCGACCGAUCGAUCAACUGGUGCAAGAGUUGUGUUUCCUUGUCUUGAAACAAGCUACUCUAUGUCUGUAAUACAAUGGCUGUGAACUUCAAUGUGUGGAAUCAUGUAUUCGGAAUUUCAA